AUGACCAGUAAACUUAUUCUGAGUGAUGUAGAAAAAAGUGUUGUUCAUCUUUUAAAAAAAACGGCCGAAUUCAUUGAACAAGGUCAUGGUACAAACGCACAUGUUGAGGUACGUUUAGCAGGUGGUUGGGUACGUGAUAAACUGCUGGGGCUUUCUAGCGAUGAUUUAGAUGUAACGUUGAAGAAAAUCAACGGUAUUGAUUUUGCAAAAGCUAUCUUGGAAUAUGUAAAUAUGUUGGACCCAAAAACUGCCGUUCCUUACAAACAGUCGAUUGGAAAAUUGACUGUCAAUCCAGACCAAAGCAAGCAUUUAGAAACAGCGACACUUACGCUUUAUGGAUUAGACAUUGAUUUUGUCGGUUUACGAGAAGAAACCUAUGACGACAAGAGUCGUAUUCCUGUUGUUCGACAAGGUACCAUAGAAACAGAUACUUACCGUCGUGACUUUACUGUAAACUCUUUGUUUUAUAACAUUCGAAGCGAACAAAUUGAGGACAUUACGAAACGUGGAUUCGCUGAUUUAAAAAAUAAAAAUUUGGUUACACCUAUCUCACCAAUUCGAUCCUUUUUAGAAGACCCUCUCAGAAUCCUGCGCGGUUUAAGAUUUGCUUCUAGAUUUAACUUUGCACUUGACCCUUCUCUUCAUGAUGCUAUACAAAAUCUCGGAGUCCAAAAAGCCUUUAACAUAAAGGUCAGUAAAGAACGUGUCGGUGAAGAAGUUGAAAAAAUGUUGCGAGGACCAAAUCCAGAUCUUUCACUCCAUCUAAUAUAUUCCUCCAAUGCAUCCUCUUUUAUGUUUGGCCCUGUACCCGAAGGAAAGAAUGAAGUUCCUCAAAAAGCCACUGAAUCCGUGGUCUAUCUUUUUAAACAAUUUCAGGAACUCUUUUCUAGAAUCCCAUCCUUGAGUGAUGAUGACCGAUUUUCUAUUUGGCUGUUCGCUGCUUUGCUUCCUUGGGCUCAGCAAUCUAUUAUUCAAAAGAAGAAACUAACUUAUAUACCAGCAGCUUUAGCUAGAGAUAAUUUAAAACUAAACAAUCAUGUUGUCACUCAACUAAAUACGAACUGUUUAUACGCUGAUGUGUUUGAUACUCUAGCAAACGACUUAGCUAAGGCUUCUCGAAGCGAACUCGGAAAUGUGAUUCGUCAGGUUGGAAAAAAUUGGACUAUUGUUUUUCUUUCUUCCCUUUUAUACUCAUACUGCAAACAAGAAGAUGCACAGUUAGCCAACGUGUUUGAGAAGUUCUCGAAGCUGUACAACUUAAUUUACGAUCAGAACCUACAAAAAAGCUACGAAGUGAAACCAUUGUUAGACGGAAAGCAAAUCAUUGAAAAGAUGGAAAUUAAACCAGGCCCUGAGCUGAAGACAAUCAUGGAACAAAUGAUUUCUUGGCAAUUUGAAAAUCCAGAAGGAACAGUCAAUGAUCUAAUUACAUACUUACGGUCUUUAAAAGAGAUCAUGGAAGGGAAAUAA